AUGUGUCACUCACUUGAUCUCUUCCUUUCUCCCAAUCUCUCCUGAAAACCCUAAAUCAGAAGUCGAGAACGAUGGCGUCGUUCGCUCGCCGAGCCAUGAACCUAGCUCAGAUUCAAUCUGCACGUGUCCCCGCCUCUGUUUGUCAGCGUCGUGGUCUCGCCGGCGCCGCUGAUCACCAUGGAUCUACCAAGGUUGACUUCUGGAAACAGCCCACGAACCCUGGAAACUGGAAAGAGGAGCAUUUUGUGCUUAUUUCGCUAGCUGGCUGGGGCACGCUUUUCUACAGUGGAUACAAGCUCUUCACCGGUGGCAAAGGAGAGAAGCCUGUCGAGGCUGGACAAUGAUUUUAUCAUCACUGGGAAAAGACAAGGGAGGAGGUCUUCUUCCUCGUUCAUUUUACUUUCACUUUCAGCACCUUGUGACUGGUCUUGUUAUCAAAACCAGCAAUUACUUGUUUGUUUUCUUUGAACAAUAAUAAUAUGCAUCGUUAAAUCA